UGGCAGUUGAGAAAAUAGUGGAGAAUAAAGCAGAAAAAGAAAGCAAGUUUUUAAACACGGACUCUGUGAAUUGUUAAAAAGUGCAGAAAUACAAUUAAAUUAAUUUAUACAAAGUCAAGCCAAUAAGCCAACAUGCAAAUCUUCGUCAAGACUUUGACCGGCAAGACUAUCACCCUUGAGGUCGAGCCCUCCGACACAAUCGAGAACGUCAAGGCCAAGAUCCAGGACAAGGAGGGCAUUCCCCCAGACCAGCAGCGUCUGAUCUUUGCCGGAAAGCAGCUGGAGGACGGACGCACCCUGUCCGAUUACAACAUCCAGAAGGAGUCCACCCUUCACUUGGUUCUGCGUCUGCGUGGAGGCAUGCAGAUCUUCGUCAAGACUUUGACCGGCAAGACCAUCACCCUUGAGGUCGAGCCCUCCGAUACCAUUGAGAACGUAAAGGCCAAGAUCCAGGACAAGGAGGGCAUUCCCCCAGACCAGCAGCGUCUGAUCUUUGCCGGAAAGCAGCUGGAGGACGGACGCACCUUGUCCGAUUACAACAUCCAGAAGGAGUCUACCCUUCACUUGGUUCUGCGUCUGCGUGGAGGCAUGCAGAUCUUCGUCAAGACUUUGACCGGCAAGACCAUCACCCUUGAGGUCGAGCCCUCCGAUACCAUUGAGAACGUCAAGGCCAAGAUCCAGGACAAGGAGGGCAUUCCCCCAGACCAGCAGCGUCUGAUCUUUGCCGGAAAGCAGCUGGAGGAUGGUCGCACUCUCUCUGACUACAACAUCCAGAAGGAGUCGACCCUUCACUUGGUUCUGCGUCUGCGCGGAGGCAUGCAGAUCUUCGUCAAGACUUUGACUGGCAAGACCAUCACCCUUGAGGUCGAGCCCUCCGACACCAUCGAGAACGUCAAGGCCAAGAUCCAGGACAAGGAGGGCAUUCCCCCAGACCAGCAGCGUCUAAUCUUUGCCGGAAAGCAGCUGGAGGACGGACGCACCCUGUCCGAUUACAACAUCCAGAAGGAGUCUACCCUUCACUUGGUUCUGCGUCUGCGUGGAGGCAUGCAGAUCUUCGUCAAGACUUUGACCGGCAAGACCAUCACCCUUGAGGUCGAGCCCUCCGAUACCAUUGAGAACGUCAAGGCCAAGAUCCAGGACAAGGAGGGCAUUCCCCCAGACCAGCAGCGUCUGAUCUUUGCCGGAAAGCAGCUGGAGGAUGGUCGCACUCUCUCUGACUACAACAUCCAGAAGGAGUCGACCCUUCACUUGGUUCUGCGUCUGCGCGGAGGCAUGCAGAUCUUCGUCAAGACUUUGACUGGCAAGACCAUCACCCUGGAGGUCGAGCCCUCCGACACCAUCGAGAACGUCAAGGCCAAGAUCCAGGACAAGGAGGGCAUUCCCCCAGACCAGCAGCGUCUGAUCUUUGCCGGAAAGCAGCUGGAGGACGGACGCACCUUGUCCGAUUACAACAUCCAGAAGGAGUCCACUUUGCAUUUGGUCCUGCGUCUGCGUGGCGGCGCUCUCUAGAUUUUCUCACCAAACCCAGAAUCCAAAAUCCAAAUCUCAUAAACUUGAUCUUACCGCCACACGGCGUAGUUAAAACACAAGUAUUCAAUAAACUCAAAAUUUAAUUAAUCCAUGUAGUGAGCAUUCGGCUAAAUAAUAAAUCUACUAUUGGUGUGCUUAAAAAUAAA